GUAUAAAAAUAUAUAAAAGAAAAAUGUGAACAAUUUUGUCUAUUUAGUUGAAGAAUUUCGCUUGUUGAAACAAGCGGUUUUGGUGGAUUUUUAUGGGUGUUUUUCGAUCUUAUUAUUAAGUGGAGUCUGUUGGAAACAACCUCCCUCUUGUUUAAACAACACUUCUUAUUGUUAAGUAAAUGAAGAAUUUACAAAAUUGGGGAAAAUUUAAAGCCUUUGUGACAAAUACUGGAUCUGCAUCACAUACUUUUAUUUUAAUGUUACAGAUACAUAAUUAUUUUCAAGAAUAAUUACUUCUAUUUAUUUAUUUCAUCAACAAAAACUAUGCAAAUUCAAUUAGUAAAAAACGAGAAUGGAAUUACAGAGUGGAUAAUGAUGGAAUUACCGGGAACUCUUACAAUUAAUGACCAAGUUGAUGGUCAGAAUUUUGGAAAAUUAUUGUGGGAAAAGAAAGAUGACGGGAAGGAAUAUGUCAAAACAAUUAUUGGCCGUCAAUUAUUGCAGGGGGAAUGUGUGGAAUUGGAAAAACCUUUUUUAGUAAUUAAUCGAGCUUCUCAACGAAAAGAAAAACCUGGAAAUGCUUCAAAAGGAGAGAAAAAGUCUUGUGAUGUUGUUGCAAUCAUUAGAAGGAAGAUUUAUUUUAGUGGAAGACCGAAACCUAUAAUUGACAGUUUUUGA